AUGGAUGGGUUUUCUCAUCGUAAACGGCGGCGAAGUUCUUCAGAUGAUGGUUCCUAUGAGGAAGCCGUAGAACCAAGCUCUCAAGAGGAUUCGACAGAGUUCAAGCUCGCUCUCUUAUCUUCCUUGCAUCCAUAUGUCCCACAAGAUACAUUAUUAGAUAUAUUAAUUUCAUCAGAUGGUUCUGUUAAAGCGGCAUUAAAGAAAUUAACCCCCGAUCGAGAUGAACCGUCACCGAGGAAGAAAGCUGCCACAGCAUCUCCGGCCUUUCAAUCAUCUCUUUCAAGCUAUGUCAAACCAGGAAACGGAAAUUCAUUUCCUUUAAACCGGGUCUCUUCCCCUCUCACCCGCAAGGGUCGUACUCUGCAUUUGUACGAUCCACAGGACGUUGCUCAGCAUACACCAUGCUCGAUCAUUCAUAAUUUCCUUCCGCCUGAGACGGCGGAAAGCUUGCUCAAAGAGCUGCUACAAGAGGCAACUACAUUUGGGAAUUUGCAAUUUAAGAUAUUUGAUAGAGUAGUGCAAAGUCCUCAUUCGUCCUGCUUUUAUGUGCAUUCCAUGGACGAGCAGAAAAUGCAGAAGACAGAAUUUCUUUACAACGGAAGCCGCCUUACGGACGUCAGAAGGUCAACUCCUCGCAUGCGUCAUGUGUCGGAUCUUGUGCAAGACGCUGUCAAUAAGGAGAUAGCCAAGCGAAUCAAAACCCAUUAUCCAAGUGGCAAGAAGCUCAAGCACCAGUCGCCCCACGAAUGGGUCCCAAAUGCUGCCUUUGUCAAUUGCUAUGAAGGCGGCGGCGAGAGUGUCGGAUAUCAUUCAGAUCAACUUACCUAUCUCGGCCCGAGAGCAGUCAUUGGCAGCCUCAGCCUCGGAGUUGCUCGAGAAUUUAGAGUACGGAAAAUUGUUCCCCGAGAUGAUCCAGACGAAAGCAAAGACGGCAGUAGUCUAUCCCGUGCAGAUGCCGAAGGACAGAUUGCCAUUCACCUCCCGCACAACUCUCUUCUCGUCAUGCAUGCAGAAAUGCAAGAAGAAUGGAAGCACAGUCUUGUUCCAGCUCAAGCUAUCGAUCCGCACCCCAUCUCCGGAAACAGGCGCAUCAAUGUAACGUAUAGGUACUAUCGGGAUAGCUUUCAUCCACGUUACACACCGCGUUGUAAUUGCAAUGUCCCUACCGUUCUGAGAGUGGUACAACGGAAAAAGGAAAAUUAUGGGAAAUAUAUGUGGAUGUGUCACGGUGGAAUGGAACCUGGAAAAGAAGGGUGUUCAUUCUUCCAGUGGGCUGAAUUUGACGAGGAUGGAGAACCGCCUUGGGUUACAAAUCGAUCCCGCAGUCAGUCGGAAACACGGGUGCUGCAGUCCGCCACUUGA